ACGCCCGUCCCAAACAGCAUCUCAUUGUCCAUUCAAGGUGCGACAUAGGUGAUUCUGUGCAUCGUAUCCUUGGAAAAGGAGGCAAUAUAGGACCUUCUCACUACAUUGUUAGGGGAUACGUCUAUAAUUCGCACAAUUUUAUGGGGCAAAUGUAAAAGACAGAAAAAAAAUUGAUUUUGAAGCAACAGGUGCACAAAGAAGUUCGGCGAUAUAUGAUCGUCUGUGAGCUCCUCUGAAGCUAGGAAAGAAUUUUCUGUUUCUAAGCCAAAAAUAAAAUCCACCCGAAUUUGUUUUUUUUAUAUAUAUAUAUCGAUUUAACGCGCGACGUAUAACUCCAAUUAAACAUGGCCAACUCGGGCAUUCAGCUCCUGGGCUUCUCGUUGUCGCUGAUCGGCGUCGUAGGACUCAUAGUGGGCACCAUCCUCCCGCAGUGGAAGAUGUCCGCCUAUGUCGGAGAUAACAUCAUCACGGCUGUAGCCAUGUACCAGGGGCUGUGGAUGUCCUGCGCCUUCCAGAGCACCGGACAGAUGCAGUGCAAAGUUUACGACUCCAUUCUGCAGCUUGACAACGCUCUACAAGCAACUCGUGCCCUGAUGAUCGCCGGCAUCAUCGUCUCCAUCGCCGGCCUGGGCGUGGCCUGCGUGGGAAUGAAGUGCACCAACUGCGGUGGGGACGACAAAGUCAGGAAGUCACGUGUGGCCAUGAUGGGGGGCAUUAUCCUGCUGGUGGGGGCUCUGUGCGCGAUAGUCGCCUGCUCCUGGUUCGCCCACAACGUCAUCCGCGCCUUUUACAACCCCUUCACCCCCGUCAACACAAAGUUUGAGUUUGGGGCAGCCAUCUUCAUCGCCUGGGCAGGCUCCUUUCUGGACAUCCUGGGGGGGGCCAUGCUGGCCGCAUCAUGUCCCAGGAGCAAGCAGGUGUCCAAAUACCCCUCCAAAGCCUCCCCUCAUCCGCCUAGCAGCACCAAGGAGUAUGUGUGAGCGCCCCCUGAUGGCCUCCUCAUUUCCUUCCCCCGGCCGGUCCCUGGUACCACCUGUCAUGAAGAACUACCUUGGCAAUACAAAGGAACAAAAAAGAGAAAGUUUACCUUCCCUCUGAAUAUUAAAAACUGUAUUUUGGACACGUUUCAUUUUUCUCAUAAUCGAUAUUUAGGUUUUGCUUACCUGAAGUAUUUUUUUCCCCCCUUUGCUCUAUUGUGUUGUUCGUUCUCAAUAAAGAACAAAGUAAGACCCCUUAGAAAGAGACCCUCAGCUCUGUCUACUACAUGCUCUCCUUUUCCUUCCGUGUGACACGCUCUGAAUUACACUGAUACAGGUACUGCAUACGGGGGCUUUCACUCAAGAGAACAAGACAAGUGCCUUCCUAGAAGAAUUUCAAUUUUGGCCAGAGUUGCUACGACGCACCUCCUUAAAUAUGAUCUUGCAAGUUUCCCCUCUGUGCCUACACCCCCCCCCCCCCCCCCCCCCGAGUACCCUGAGCAGGUACCAUACAGAUGGGACACUUAAUCCGUCAAAAAUCUAGUGCCAUCCCGUGUCUGAUCUUCAUCAUCAUCAUUAUUAUCGUCGUCAUCGUUCCCAAUGUCUUAUUCUUAUUCUUAUUCUAUGCUUAUUCUUCAAACGCUCCACUGGACAACAUGUGCCCAAUCUUUUUAUGGUAUUUGACAGUCUGGUCAUUUUCAUCAAGCUGAUUUUUGUUCAAGGCUCAGAAAACGUGUUUACCUGCCUGACCAGGUUACAGGUCCAACCUUAUCUCACGUGGUGGUCAGAUUGUUUUUUUUUGGGUACACUGUACGUGUUUUGUUUUAGUCUCAUGCUGUGAACCUUACUCUCUUCUUGUGAAGCUCUACUGGAAAUACCCUGGGUGGGAUUUUUUUUGUUUCUGAUAAAUUUACACUGAGAAACUCCUACCUAGUUGCAUGUGUCAUUUUUUACAUUUUCUUCUAGUUGAUAUAACUUGUAAACUAUUUUAAUAAAGUAUUGUUUUUCUUUAAAAAA